AUGAAAUCUGUGCUAAUUACGGGCGCUAACCGAGGCCUGGGACUUGGAAUGGUCAGAUAUCUUGUGAAACAGAACAAGGCCGACAAAAUAUUCGCGACAUGCCGAAAGCCGUCCGAGGAACUUGAAAAGUUAGCUCAAGAAGCAAAACAUCUUGAAAUAUUACAGCUAGAUGUAACAAACGUCCAAGGCUUUGGCGACUUAUCUUCACGGGUAGCCCAAGGCGUGGGAAACUCUGGGUUAAAUCUGCUUAUAAACAAUGCCGGUGUGGCCACUAAAUUCACCAAAAUCAACUUAGUGAAAGCCGAACAGCUAAUUGAAAACCUGACAAUCAAUACUGUGGCACCGAUCAUGUUGACGAAGAGUCUAUUGCCGCUUCUGAAACAAGCGGCUGAGGCGAACAGCGACAAGCCAUUGGGCGCGGCGCGAGCCGCCGUCAUCAACAUGAGCUCGGUGCUGGGCUCUAUCGCGCAAAAUGACCAAGGCGGCUUCUAUCCCUACAGAUGUUCAAAGGCAGCUCUAAACGCGGCAACAAAAUCCAUGAGCAUAGACCUAAAGAAAGAAGCGAUACUGGUGGCUUCCAUGCACCCCGGAUGGGUGAAGACCGACAUGGGUGGCAAGAACGCGCCGCUAGAUGUCGACUCAGCCGUCAGUGGGAUAUUCGCCACGAUCGAGAAGUUGGGCGCAGCGGACACGGGGAAGUUUGUGCAGUACGACGGAACUGAACUGCCUUGGUAGUUUAGAGCACAAAAUACUGCGGCGAAUCCAGCUUAUUAUUCUUGUACCAAAAAUAUUUUUAUACUAAUUAGCACAAGCAAAAUAUUUAAAAAGUUCAACUUAAGUAAACUCAAAUAAGCAUUUUAGGUGUCGCAAAUAAAGGGAUGAUUUUUU